UCACACUCUUCACGCUUACACAACAUAUACCCAUCUACCAAUUAAUCAACACUAAUCCCAAUUUAUAAUCAAGCCUUUACAUAUAAUCACACCACAGUUCCGUUUUUCUUCAAACUAAUAUCAUGAUGAAGCCCUUCAUGAUGAUCAACCUGAUCUUGUUUAUCUUCUCCAUCCUCUGCUGUGUCCUAAUCCGUAAUUUCACCACUCUCCUUCUCUUUGUCCUGUGUUCCCUCCCAACCCUUGUCCUGAACUGCUGGCUUGUCCCGGGAGGAUUUGCAUGGAGAAACUACACGACCAAGAUGACGUCAUGCGAACGUCGUGAUGGGCCCGUGGGACUUCCCCUGCUGGGAACAUUACCCCAAAUGAUGGGCUCACUGGCCCAUCGAAAACUAGCCGUUAUGGCAUCGUCUUUGGGAGCUCAAAGGCUCAUGCCCCUGAGCCUUGGCUCGACCAGGGUUGUCAUUAGUAGCCACCCUGAGACAGCUAAAGAGAUCCUUUGCAGCUCGAAUUUUUCCGACCGACCGAUCAAGGAAUCAGCCCGGCUGCUCAUGUUCGAGCGGGCUGUCGGAUUCGCCCCCUCCGGAGAUCACUGGCGACACCUCCGCCGUCUAGCCGCCACCCACUUGUUUUCUCCCAAGAAAAUCUCAGCCCUAGAACCAAUACGACACCGUUUAGCGGAAGAGAUGGCGAGAAAGAUCGAAGAGAGCAGUAAAAUGCAUGGUGUGGUCGAGCUUAGAGGGAUUAUACAGAAGGGGUCACUAGGGAACAUGUUGGAGAGUUUGUUCGGAUCAUGUUUGAGUGAAGAACAGAAAUACGAGUUGGGUUUGAUGGUGAACGAAGGGUAUGAGCUUAUUACGAAGUUUAAUUUGGAGGAUCAUUUCCCAAUGGUGAGGUUUCUGGACAUUUAUGGUGUGAAAAGGAAGUGCCAAAAUCUGGCAGUUAGGGUUCAGAGCCUUUUGGGUCAGAUCUUGAAGGAGAGAAGAGAGGGUUCCCAUGGUGAUGAUUUUCUCACUUCUUUGAUCAGUUUGUCUGAAGAAGACCAGUUGGCUGAUGCAGACGUCAUCUCUGUUCUCUGGGAGAUGAUGUUCCGAGGAACAGACACAGUGGCUAUUCUUCUCGAGUGGAUCAUGGCGAGACUCGUACUUCAUCAAGACGUCCAAGCAAAUCUCCGCCGUGAGAUCGUCACGUGCGUCGGCGACCACCGGCACGUGCGAGAUUCCGACGUCCCAAAACUCCGUUACCUUCACGCCGUCGUCAAGGAAGUCCUCCGCCUCCACCCUCCGGGCCCGCUCCUCUCGUGGGCCCGCCUCGCCGUACACGACGUCCACGUGGACAAGUUCCUCGUGCCAGCUGGCACGACCGCGAUGGUCAACAUGUGGGCCAUAACCCACGAUCCAACUGUUUGGAAAAACCCAUGGGCCUUUCGGCCCAGUAGAUUUUUAGAAGACGACGACGUUUUGAUAAUGGGCUCGGAUCUGAGGCUGGCUCCAUUCGGGUCGGGUCGUCGGGUCUGUCCGGGAAAGGCAUUGGGCCUGGCCACGGUUCAUCUUUGGGUCGCUCGUCUUCUUCAGAGAUUUGACUGGCUACCGGCUGAGCCCGUGGACCUGUCGGAAAAUCUUAGGAUGUCUCUCGAGAUGAAGAAGCCUUUGAAAUGCCAAGUGAGAACUCGCGUUCGUUACUAGCCUUUGUUAUGAGCAGCGGUGAAGUGAUUUUAAUGAAAAUAAUAAAAAUUAUUAUUACAAUUAUUGUAUAAAAAUUGUGUGACUUGUUUGUAUCUGCGUUUUAAAUAAAUAA